UGGACGGGAAGGGCGGCGGCGGCGCCGCUGAUGGCUGCUCUCUAUUUCUUCCUCUUCCAUCCCUUCUGGCACUCCAUGGGUCUCUCUCACCGCAGAUAUGUUCUAUCAACCUCUCCAGCCAUAUUUAUUAGCAGCAGGCGAGCCUGAGGAGCACGAGGGUGAGGUUAAAAUAAGAGAAAGGUCGUCGUCCAGCCCUGUGAGGUUGAGGGUUUCCCAGAGUUCCGGGGAAGCUGUCAGGGCCAGGAGCUGGACCAGGGGCUCUGACACCCUCCACAAGAUUGACGAGAAGGUGGAGCAAGAUGACAGGAACUCCAGGAAGGAAUAUAACUUGUCAGGUUACCUAUACAAGGUUGGGACGUCAAGCAAGAAGCACAUGGCGGGGUUGAAGGGGUUAGGAAGCGCCUGUAAAAAGCGAUGGUUUGUCUACUCUGAUAGUGUGUGUAAACUCUACUAUUAUAAGCAGAAGAAUGAUCCCGAGCCUCUGGGGAUGAUUGAUAUAUCGCUGGCGACGUUCUUUUUUGACCCGGAGAAUAAAAAUGAGGGACAGUUUACUAUUAGGUGUUGUAAUGAGGAGAUCUUGUUGGAAGCAUCAUCAGCACAGACCCGCAUGUAUUGGCUUCAGCAGUUACAAGCAGCCCGCAGAGAGUUCAGUCAGAGACGAACUGCAACCAAGACUCCAGCUAGUCGAACUACUUCUGCUGGGCGACCAGAGACAGGACUACUUCAAGAUGACAAAAAGAGUGAUGUUCCUACCCCAGAUCCUCAUUACGACCUCCUGACACCAAUGACACGACCUGACUCGGGGAUGAGUGAUCUACCCCCUCGGCCAUCAUUUGCACUAUCAGAUGCUCGAUUAGCCCUGUCAAAUUUACUUCCUAAUACACAGCGCAAGAUAUUUAAAACAAAUAAUGAAUCUUCCAAGUCUCCAACUAGUCCUCAGGCAACCAGGCAUAGCCCUCUUGCUUCUCCAACUGAUGACCUGAGUCUUGGAAGUCUCGGGAGAAAGCUCCGUAGCUCAUUUCGUGGAAGACGAUCUGCAUCUUUGGAAGGAAAAGAUGGGUUUGAUGCUCCCAACUUACAUUCAAAAGUUACUUGUAGAAGAUGUGAAGAGCUUCAGCGAGAGUUAACAUCUGCCAAGGAAGACCUGACUGCUACUCAGGACGAAUAUGAAGCAUCUCGAGAAGUUAUAGAUCUGUUGCAGAAGGAACUUGAUGCUCUGCAACAGGAAAAAGCUACACUGAUAAGUUUGGACCGAAGUGAUCUAACAGACAAACAUGUUUUGGAGAUACUGCGUGGAAAAGACCGCCAUAUUGUAGACUUGGAACACGACAAUCACAAGUUAACUAACGAUGUUGCUCGGCUCACAGAGCAACUCUCCGAUAACCAGCUUCACCAGGACCAUCUUAAUGAAAAGCUCUCUAUGCUCUAUUGUCUAAUUGAGGCAAAGGAUAAGGCUAUUGUCAGCCUGACUCAUCAAGUUGAUGAUAAUGCACGUAGUCGACCUGUAUCUCUUCCGUCCACGUUGGUUUUUAAGACUCUGGAAUCAACCACCCGAGGAACGCAGACUUCAGACACAGAGGAGGAUACUCUUAAAGAUACCCUUGAAGCUUACAGAUGCCAAAACAGCUUUUUAAACAAGGAAAUUCUUGAACUGAAUCUUCUCAGAAAACUCUCGUCAGAAAGAGAGCAGAAGUUGAUCACAGAGUCGAGUGAGUGGGAAGCCAAGUUCUAUCAGAUUCAGAGUAAAUACUUGCUGUUGCUGAACGAGUUGCACUCACCUCAGUCGACUCAACAUGACCCAUCCAUUGUGUCACAACUGCUACACGAUGCGGUCAAGGCUCAGGGUCCACCGGACCUCAGAGUGAUACAAAACAAGGGUCGAGAGUAUGACGAGUAUGGAUUUUGCACGACUGCACCCAAUGGUGAAAGCUUACAGUCAAGAGCCUCAUACCUCCAGAAGCAGUCCCAAGCUCUGGCCCAUCAGGUGCAGCUUGGUGGAAGUUCAUGGGAGAACAAGUGGGAGAGUUUCCUGGCAGGAACCAGUGCUAAGGAGUUACCACACUGCACUGACCUUAAGUACCUCAUACGGGGAGGUAUUCCGUACCAGUACAAGGGUAAGGUGUGGCGCUUACUAAUAGAUACACAGGUUGCUCCUCUGAAAGCUGCGAUUCCGUCCAAUUAUUAUGAAGAUCUCCUUGCACAGCGCACAACGUCUGUGCUCGACCCUGCAGCCAAACAAAUUGAGUUGGACCUGCUGCGGACUCUGCCUAACAACCGCCACUACGAGUCUUUUCACUCGGAUGGGAUCGCCAGGCUGAGGCGGGUGUUGCUGGCCUUCUCACGUCAUAACCUUCACGUUGGUUAUUGUCAGGGUCUGAACCGUUUAGCUGCCAUAGCCUUAUUAUUCCUUAAUGAAGAAGAUGCCUUCUGGUGUCUUGUGUACAUUGUGGAGUACCUGAUGCCGCCUGAUUACUAUAGCAAAAACCUCCUGGGUUCUCAGGUUGAUCAACGAGUCCUAAAGGAUUUAGUUGCUGAAAAGCUGCCUCGACUGAACGCCCAUCUAGAACAUCAUGGGCUCGAUAUAUCACUGUUUACCUUCAACUGGUUCCUGUGCGUCUACAUUGAUAUCAUUCCUCCAAUUACCUACCUCACAAUAUGGGAUUCCUUUUUAUACGAGGGCUCCAAGGUCUUGUUUCGGUACGCUCUUGCAAUAUUCAAGUUGUGCGAAGAAGGAGUUUUGGAAAGGUGUGACUACAUGGAUAUAUUUAAUUAUCUACGCUCUGUCCCAGAACCUAUCACAGACAUUCCACGGCUGCAAGAGGUGAGUACAGUACAUAUUUUCCAAUGCUUAUUUACAAUUUAUUCAUGCCUUGUGGCAAGUAGAAUGAUUCCUGCUUAACGACCUUCGCAUAACAUAAUUUGAACUUUUUUUCUGUGUAAUGACCAAGGUGAAAGGUUGAAACAGCCCUUUAAACUCUCUAAUAUUGUUGGGUUGAAAGUUUGCAAUGGCCCCUAGGCCAUUGCAGCUUGCCUAAGUCAGUGGCCUAUGGACCAUUGCAACCCUUGAAGCCAUGGACAAAAAGCACAUGCUUAUAAACAAGAUGCAUGCAGAACCUCAGUACGUAUAUUUAUCGAGAUGCUUUGCCCAUCAUAAACUUAAUCUAAUUGAGAGACAUGAGAAUGGAGCCUUGUAUUGUGGGGUCAGUGGAAGGAGUGGAAUGACGCAGUAGUAGUAGAUGUGGUCAUAUGUGGGCGAGGCCUACUAGUGGAUGUAGGUCGGGCCCAUAAAGUGGUCAGAGAUUUUAGUGAUCAGAUUGUAGAAUCUUUUAUUCAGAUUUCCUACAAUACAUAUAUUCACCACUCAUUAUAGGCUAAGGACAAAAAUAUUUUAAGGUAAGUAAUGUGUGUACUGUAUAUGCAUUUUUUAGGCCUAGCAUUUAAUAUAUGAUAGUACAAAGACGUUAUCAAGCUUAUUAUGUGCAUUUGAAAACGGGGAAAAAAGGCCACGUUUCACUUUACAGCGAUUUUUGCUCUACAGCAGUAGCCUGGAACUUAACCUGCUGUAUAAGUGGGGCCUGCCUGUAUACCUUUAAUGUAGAUAAGACAGGUGAUGUUUCCUGACUAAUUCUCUCGAUAUUUUGAAUGAAUUUCUUAUACUCUUUCUGUUAUGAAUCGUAAAGCAGGAGGUAUACGAAUGGAUCAAUCUUG